AUGGAGGAACUCCUGUCCAAGCACCGCAAAGAGCAAAAAGAUCUUCAGGGAAAGAUCACCCAAAAGAAAAAGUCCGCCACCAAGAAAACUCGCAAGGGCGUCAACGAUGAAUGCGACCGAAUGCAGCAGGAGCUGGUUGAAAAACACAAGAUCGAGAUCGCCCAGCUAAACUGCGAUCCGGUCGAAGGACUCGAGGACCUCAACCUGGAAGACGACCAACAAACAGACGAAGAGCCAACCGAAGACAAAACUCCCCAAAAGAAAGCACCAACCCCCGAACCUACCCCCGAACCCGUCGCCCCCUCAAAUGGCAAGAAGCCAAACCGCCAAAAAGCACGCCUCGCCCGACGCGUCGCAGAGCAAGAAGCAGCCUCAGCCGCAGCCGCAGAAGAAGCCAAAACCCAAGUCAACUAUCGCGGCAACGAACAAGAAGUAAUGGAUGCGGCUUUCAAAAAGCUCAACUUAAAAGAAAUUGAAGUAACCCCAGACGGGCACUGUCUCUACUCAGCAAUCGCGAAACAACUCGACGACUCAGGGCUAGGACUACGCCCCGACCCAAGUCGCAUGACCCUGCAACCCUCAACACAAUCGCGCAUCGAAACUGUCGCCUCGCCGCAACAUGACGGAUACAGAGCCGUGCGCGCUGUAACGGCAGACUUUAUCAACGACCAUAAGGAGGAUUUCGAAGCGUUCAUGGAGGAGUCGAUUGAUUCUUAUACGCGCAAGAUUAAAUUGACCGCUGAGUGGGGUGGCCAUUUGGAGUUGCAGGCCAUUGCGCGCGCGUAUGGAGUUGAGAUCAAUAUUGUGCAGAGUGAUGGGCGAAUGGAGAAGAUUGAGUCUGGGGAUGAUGAUGUGGAUAGUCUUGAUGAGGCGGAGAAAGCGAAGAGGGUUCUUUGGCUAGCCUAUUAUAUACAUUCGUACGGCCUUGGGGAGCACUAUAACGCCUUGAAAAAACAGGUGUAG